AUGGAUCUGUAUACUACUUCUUUCACGUAUCAUCGACCAUCACCUCGAUCUAUACGACCUUCAAGUUCACCUUUACCUUCAUCUCUUGCUUUACCUGGAUCAGGUGUUAUCCCGACUAUACCUCUUCCAAAUGUCACUUCUGCAACUACUCCACCUGGUAAAUCAUCUUCUACGACCUUGACCACCGCUGGUCAAGUUGAGAGAGAUUGGGCGGCAGUCCAGAAGAUGUGCCUUGAUAUAACGACACGUGAAGGAUGUUUAGUAACAGUCACAAAAGAAUCGAUUGGAGUAGAUCUAGCUACAUCAUCAAAUGGUUCAAUAGAUGGUACCAGUAACACCAAUGUUAACAUCAAUGGAAUCGGAAGUGGUAAUCCUGACUCGCCUAUACCAUCAACUACAACUUGGAAUUUCCAUCUAUCAGGUGGAUAUCAAUCUGUUAUGGCUGCAAGAGGGGCUAUACUACGUGAAACUCCAAAAGAUAAUAGAACAAUAUUAAAGGUUGCAAGGACUGAAAUCUUAGAAUCUCCUUUAGCAACUAUAAGUCCAUUGAAAGCUGACGUCAAGAGAAGAUUGGACGAAAUAGCUUUAGAUAGUAAAGCUCAUAUAGCGGUCUUGAAUGUUGAAAUACCUGGUGCAGGUGUAGGUGGUACUAUACUUGCUACCGCUGAUGGUCAAAACGCGACACAAUCUACUCAAACUGAAGGAGAAACAAUCAUAUCAACAAAAACAAAUUCGCAAAGAGAAGGAAGUGCUGGACCUGAAAAUACCAACGGGACCGUUUCAACAGAGACAUCUGCGGCUCCUUCGAAUCCCCUUUCUAGUGAUCCUCUAGCUACUAUCCCUCCCCCCAACGCACCAGUAACCUACGGUCUUGAGACUGAGCGGAUGUGUGAAUUGGUCAUUACUGGUCCCCUGGAGAGUGUCGAAGUGGCCAAAGUCAGACUACUAGUCAUGCUAGACGAACUCAGCGGUCUUCAUUCAGAAGUAUGCGAUAUCGAUUAUAAACUCCACAAUAUCAUCGCUUCUCGGAAAAGAGGUGUCAUUCAGUCGAUCCAGGAAGAAACAGCCACCAACAUAUACUAUCCCACCCCCCUUGUUGGAGUACUGAAUCCACCUCAACCAGGUCAACAGCAAGGAGUCGGAUAUCGGGGUUUGAAUAGCAUGGGCAUGCAGCCUACUGGAAAUGUCGGUAUGCAAAUGACCGGAGGUAUGGGUCCAGGAUCCACACCUGGACCCCCACCCGGACCUCAUGGCCCUGGUAAUAUGGGCAUGAAUGGAAUGAACGGAAUACCUAUGGGAAUGGGAGGCAUGAACGGCAACUUUCCACCACAGCAACAACACCAUCAUCAUAAUCAACAUCAGCACCAACACCCUCAACAGCAACGUAAUAAUGCUCCACCUAUCUACAAUCCUCAUCAACAUGUUCAUUACCCUUAUCAACCCCAACCCCUUCAUAUCGACCCUUCGACUACAAGAGGGAUGCCUUACAAUGGGCCAGGAAUGCAGUACCCGAUGCAUGGUCCACCACCCCCAGUGUCGGUCAAUCAUACGGGUAUGUCAUCGAUGCAUACUGGCUAUCAAAGUAUUCCAAACAGUCGAAUUGCAUCACCCAUGCCACCUAACAUACAUCAUGGCAUGCAAGGUAUGAACAUGGGACAUGGUCAUGGACCCGGCCAUGGCCACGGUCACGGUCAUGGACCUGGUCCAGGAAUGGGGAUGGGUCCAGGUAUGAACAACAUGCCUUAUAGUCAACACGGACAUGGAGGACAUGGUCAAACUCACAUGCAUGUAGGUAUGGGAGGUGGACCUAUGGGUCCGGGUAUAGGAAUGGGUAUGGGUCAAAUGAAUGUUGGAAUGGGGCCGAAUAUAGGUCAAUAUGGUAAUGGACCUCAUCCAGGUCUUAGUGUACAUGGAGGAGAACAAGGUCUAUUGGGGAAAGCAAAUCAAAUCUGGAUUACUGGAGAAUUCUUUGGCGUACAAAGAGCCAGAGAUAUGCUCCUGAAUGUUGCUGUCCAAAAAAGUAAACUCGUCAUCUCCCGAGACACCGCCAUUCUUCCUAGGAAAUUGGAUUGGCUUCUUACUGAACGUUUGGAAGAAGUUAAAGGGAUAAUGAAUGACAAUGGGACUUACAUCCAAGUGCCUUCUGUGGGUUCACAAGCGAGUUUGAUCACUGUAUUUGGUGAUCAUCGGGUGAACAUUGAAAGAACAAUAAGAAGUGUGAUGGGUCUGGCAUGUCAAUUUUAUGUCGCCUCUUUCUGGCUUCUGCCCAUCUCGUUCGAUGUACUCAUGCCACAAGCGACCCUCAACCCUGCUCAGAUGCAGCCUAUCCUCAAAGGUAUAGCACAUGCGACAGGAGCAGAAGUGGUAUUCAAGUCAAACUGUUUCGAGAUGCACGGCUUGGAACAGGAAGUCAGAGCGGCUGUCAUGAUGGUUCUUGAGCUUGAGGCUAUCCAUAAUUUCCACCAUGAGAUCCGGUUCCAGAUUGAAUUGGCGAAUGAACACCGAGAGUUCAUUUCUGGGAAGAAGAAUGGUAAAAUCAACAAAAUCAUGAAGAUGGCAGGAGUCAAAAUCAAGUUUGAGACUUUCAAUGAUUACAAUUUCUUGAUGGAUGUAUCUGGAUCUGAUUUAGGUUCAUUACAAGGUUUAUCAAUGUUACAAGAAGAACUACCUGCCGAAGUCUCAUUCCAUGUUCCGGAAAGUUAUCACAAGAGGAUCAUAGGUGUCGGAGGCAAGAACAUUCAAAGGAUAAUGAAGUUAUACGGGGUCUACGUCAAAUUUUCGAAUGCUGAAGAAUUCGCAGCACUAGGUGGAUAUAUAGAUAAUGAGGAUAACGUAGUAGCUAGAACUCCAGCUAAGAACGCCAUCAAUCUGGAAAGUCUUAAACAAUCCGUAAUGGAGUUGGUCAACCCUAAGGAUAAAGAUUAUACUGUUGAGAGUGUUUCAAUACCUCGCCGAUAUCAUCGAACUCUUCUAGGAGAAAAGAGUAUAUUCAUCCAUGAUAUCGAACAAAAGACCAAUUCAGUCGUCCGAUUUCCAUACAAGGAAAGUGCAAGUGAUAUCGUCACUAUAUUCGGACCCGAGUCUCAAGUACAUAUCGCAGCUGCGAUGUUACUGGAUCACGUACCAUUCGAAGCUGAUCUUCACGUUCCACCUAAUCCCGAACUAACUCGUCUAGUCACCUCGACAGAUUUCAUUCUGUUCACCGAACGAGUCAAGAGGGAUCAUCAAAUCGCCAUCGUACCUUCUGCCAAAUUCGGUCAAGGCGAUGAGGCAAUCUUCAAAUUCAGAUGUCAGAGAAGCAACAUUGACUUCUUAGGAACAGCUAGAGAUGCUCUGGAGGAAUGGCUAGGUCAAAACAAGAUCCAGGUAUACCCGUCCAACGCUACGAAAAGGGUUGAUUCUUUUACCGAUGCCUUUUCUCACUUCAACAGUAAGCUUCUAGCUACCGGUGCUAACAACAACGAAGCGGAAGGAGAAUCCCUUGUCGAGCGACGACAACGACCUGUCACUGUAUCCACGGAUGUGCGAGCUCUUUUCAAUGGUCCGGGCGGGCCCUAUCGUUCCACAGAUGAUGGUGCACUAGGAUUUGCUGGACCAUUGAGCUACCAAAACCCCCAGAGAGGAUCGGAUCUCUGGCCAGGAUCGGCACAACCCACUCGAACUGAAUCUGAUCAUUCCAAACGAGAUUCGGAUCCCAUCAUCCAAGAUAGAGUUCGACAAGCAUCAACCGGACAUUCAAAUACUCAUCCACCUCAUCCUCAUAGCCAACCUAGAGUUAAUCCAGCGAUGAGGCACCAGUCACUUGAUAUAUCACAUAUGAAUUUUUCGAGAUCCUUGUCAGGUACUUCAGCUUUUGGUCCCAUGCCACCUUCGCCUACGGCUGCCAAUUCUAGUCCUAACACUGCUACUGGACCUUAUUUCCCUCAUGUAGGACCCCAUCCGAUAAGAGCAAACGUAACGGGUAGGGGUGGAUACGGAGGUGUCGGUAAUGCCACUACACCCGAUCAAGGUGUUGAAGGUGUCACUCAAGGGUUGAGCAAUGUUCAAGUUUCACAUCAAUGA